UGAUGCUGUUGCUGUGAAUUUGAUUGACGCGAACAUGUCGGUGUGAUGGGAGAGCGCCGGGAUGCAGCUGAUGAUGGUCCAGAAGGGGAAUACGUGCAGUCAAAUCAGACGUUAUCUUUAAGAAAUAAUACCUAACGUUCUCCUUUAUCAUCUAUGACAACGAUGUCUCAAUUUGUGGUGUAUUUCACACGCGCGCAAUGGAUCUAGCUGAUGCUACCGCAGCGAGGAUCUGAUUUUUUUCCUUCCUUCCUUCAAUAUCUGUGUAUUAUGGUAGAGUCAAGCCGGAGCAUCAAACAUAAACUGUGCAAUCCUGAUGACAACACCGUCAGGAUAUCAACAAUGGAAUCGCCUUACAAGUAGAGUCUAGUUUUUCAUGAUCACACACCAUAAUUCGUGCUUUCACGAACGCACUAGCAAUCUGAUUGAGCGAAAAAAGUAGCCUGCACUUAAGAGACGGACCACUGCUCACAAAUUAUGGACGAGGAGAAUAUGACCAAAAGCGACGAGCAUCAUCUGAGUUUGCAAAAAGCCUUGCAGCAGUGCGAACUGGUGCAAAACAUGAUAGACAUUAGUAUCUCCAGCUUGGAAGGUCUGAGGACCAAAUGUGCCACAUCCAACGACUUGACACAAAAAGAAAUCCGAACGCUGGAGGGUAAACUGGUGACGUAUUUUAGUCGGCAGCUCUCUUGCAAGCGUAAAGUGUCCUUACAGGAGCGGAAUGUGGAGUUGGAUGGAUUUCCGCGGCUGGGACACUGGUUCCGCAUUGUUAACAUGAGGAAGGAGGUUAUUGAGGAGAUCUCUCCAGGUGAGCUGACUCUGGAGGCUCUGUUGGAGAUGUCGGAUGAGCAGGUGUGUGAGGCGCUGCAGAAGUUUGGAGCGAGUGAUGAAGAAUGUGCUCGGCUCAAUGCGUCGCUCACAUGUCUACGAUCAGCCCACAAAUCAGGAUCCAAGCAGGACUGGUCCAUUCAGUGGCCCACGUCUGAGUCGGGUAAAGAGAACACCCCAGUGGGGCCGUCAGACCCCAGUCAGUGGGUCCGUCUCCAGCUCUCCCAGAGCCCCAAAUUGCACUCGCGCUACAGCCAGCACUUGUGCCAGAGUCCCCAGGCCCUGGCGCCCCCCUUCUACUCCCCUCACCCGCAUUCAGACCGGCUUACCGUGGACCCUCACUAUGGCCUCUUCCCCUCGCCUCUGGAUAUGGGACAUCACUCUCUUCCUCCUUCCCCCAGACAGAGGCAUUUUGCCCACACCCCUCCGCGGACUCCCUUAGUAGUGAACACCAUGACCCCUCCAGGGACGCCACAGGUCAGGCGCAGGAAUAAACUGAAGGCCCCUGGAACCCCGCCGCCUGCGAGCCGGAAGCUCAUCCACCUUCUGCCAGGGUUCACGGCUCUGCACCGCAGCAAAUCCCAUGAGUUCCAGCUGGGGAACAGAAUAGAUGACGCACAGACACCCAAAGCAAAAAAGAAGAACAAGCCGUUGAACCUGAAGAUCCACAGCAGUGUGGCUGGAAGCUGUGAAAACCUGCCAACCCAGCGCUCUCCUCUCCACUCCGAUCACUCACUCCGCUCCUUCUUUUUCCCCAAUUUUGUCCCUUCGACACCACCAGUGCACUCCGACACCCCCUCAGCAAAUACUCUGUCUGUUCCUCGCUGGUCUCCUCAAAUACCUCGCAGAGACCUCGGCAACUCCAUAAAACACAGGUUUUCCACAAAGUAUUGGAUGUCGCAGACGUGUAUCGUGUGUGGGAAAGGAAUGCUGUUCGGCUUAAAAUGCAAAAACUGCAAAUUGAAGUGCCACAACAAAUGCACCAAAGAAGCACCGCCCUGUCUUUUACUCAUAUACCACAGAGGAGGUAGGGACACAUUAAGAGAUCAAGGAACAUCUCAAGCUCGUCAGCUCGUCAGGACCGAGUCGGUACCAUGUGACAUAAACAACCCCCUCAGGUACUCAGACCUCCACAUUAGCCAGACUCUCCCCAAGACCAACAAAAUCAACAAGGACCACAUCCCUGUGCCGUAUCAGCCCGACUCCAGCAGUAACCCCUCCUCCACCACCUCCUCCACCCCGUCAUCCCCUGCACCCCCUCUGCCGCCCAGCGCGACACCCCCAUCUCCUCUGCACCCUUCCCCGCAGAGCGUCAGACAGCAGAAACAGUCCAGCCUUACAGCAUCUCAUUUCUACAAAUACAAGCAGCGGUUCAUCUUUCCUGAUGUGGCCCCUGAGGUUCCCACCAGGGCCCCUCAAGUCAUUCUACACCCUGUUCUGUCUGAGCCUGGUACCAAAGUGAGCCCCUUGCUACAAAUUGAGGUUGAACCAACAUCUGAUAACGAGGAAGGCAACGAUGAGGCCGAGGGCUCAGCAGAUGAGUUUGAGGAGAUGAAUCUCUCCCUACUGUCUGCACGGAACUUCCCACGUAAGGCCAGCCAGACCAGCAUCUUCCUGCAGGAGUGGGACAUUCCCAUGGAGCAGCUGGAGAUCGGAGAGCUGAUCGGGAAAGGCCGGUUUGGACAGGUCUAUCAUGGACGCUGGCAUGGAGAAGUGGCCAUACGGCUAAUUGAUAUUGAAAGAGACAAUGAAGAACAGCUGAAAGCAUUUAAAAGAGAGGUGAUGGCGUACAGGAACACGCGGCAUGAGAACGUGGUCCUGUUCAUGGGAGCGUGUAUGAGACCCCCUCAUCUGGCCAUCAUCACCAGUUUGUGUAAGGGCAGGACCCUCUACUCCGUGAUUCGAGAUGCAAAAGUAGUUCUCGACGUGAACAAGACUAGACAAAUUGCACAAGAGAUGGUGAAGGGCAUGGGCUACCUACAUGCCAAAGGGAUCCUUCACAAAGAUAUGAAAUCCAAGAAUGUAUUUUAUGACAAUGGGAAAGUGGUCAUCACCGACUUUGGCCUGUUCACAAUAUCUGGUGUUCUACAAGCAGGCAGUAGGAGAAAGGAUAAGCUGCGGAUCCCAAGCGGCUGGCUAUGUCAUCUCGCUCCUGAGCUCAUCCGUCAGCUCUCCCCCGAGACCGCAGAAAACCAGCUUCCUUUCUCCAAACAGUCUGACGUCUUUGCCUUUGGCACUAUCUGGUAUGAGCUCCAUGCGCGCGAGUGGCCCUUUAAGAAUCAGCCAGCUCAAGUCAUAAUCUGAAAGAAG